AUGACCGUAUUUCAAAGUGUUGGGAGGACCAUAUUCUCGCGAAGAGGCCGCUGGAACACGUUGCUCGACGAAACGGUUAGUAGAGCGGCUCGUGGGGGUGGUGACCAGGGGGGUAGCAGUUCUCGCGCCGUCGCUCUCCAUGAGGUUCCCAUGGCACAGGGAAAUACCUAUCCAGUUGUAGGGUUGGCCUCGUACUCCUCGUUGGAAUCGAGGCGCUUGCCAUCGGUGGCCCCGCCUACUCGCGAUACAACCUUCAACCCUCACACACCCCCAAUGGCCAGUUAUUAUUAUCAUUGUGCCAGAGCGGCGUGCCUGUUCCACCUUCGUCCUCCUCCACCUCUCGAGGAUGUUCAACCUCCUCCGCGCCACGUCGAGCCACGUCGAAGUCACUCUAUGCGUCCAAGUCCUUUUUUGUAGAAUUCCACCGGCCUCGUACUAAAGCCGUACGUUGUGUAAACACACGGAGGGUGCUUCGAGGCCGGGGGCAAGCUACGUUUUCCGGUUUAUCUCGGCGGCACGUAUCGUAGACCAUCGCCGAGGGGGAAGCGACCAGGUACUAUACGCCUGCGGUAUUAUUCGUUUCGCGUGUAAAAUUUGUGGACAUGCAUGCUCAACUCGAGGUGUAUUCUCGAUCGAGAAUUUUUCUAGAAUUUAGGUAAAAAUUCGAAAGAUAUUUUUAUAGGGAUGAAGAAACGCCUUAG